AAAAAAUAAAAAAGGGCACGAAGAACAUGCGUCGGACUUUUCUCUCUCUUCCUUGAAUUCAUUCAAUUGGCCACGGCGACAAAAGAGGGAGCCCGAUUGAGAGAAGAGAGCAAACAAAACUGAAUCCAAAACACAAUUUGUUUUUUUUUUUCCCUGCACUCUCUUCGAUUCUUAGGGUUCUUUUUCGGGUAAUUUAGGUGAUUUGUUUGUUCAUUUUGGGUUGGAGAGAGAUAUACAAANAAAUUUUUUUUUUUUUUUUUUUUUUGGGUCGGAUUGUUUUGUGAGUCAAAAGAAAAAUCUGAAAUUUGAGGAGAUUAUUAUCUUCGGUGGAGGAAAUCUGAAAUCUGAAAUCUGAAAGAAAAAUCUGGUUUUUGUAUCUUUUUACUGGGGCAAGAUCUGAGAUCUCUGGUGGGUGGUGUUCCAUGCAAAGCUGUUGCUGCUAUAGUCGGCCGUAAUUUCGCAUCUGGGGAGGGGGUCACUUCUAAACCCUAGAAUUUGACCCAAAGCAUAUAAAGAUCUGGGGUUUCUUCAAAAAAGCCUCUCCUUUUCUUGUUUUGUUUUGGAUCCAAAGAAGCAGAGGAGAUGAAUAAUAUUGGUGGCGUAGUGUGGAACGAAGAUGAUAAAGCGAUAAUUGCUUCGUUGCUUGGGAAACGAGCUCUCGAUUACUUGCUUUCCAAUUCUGUUCCAAACGCUAAUCUCUUGAUGACUGUUGGCAGCGACGAUAAUCUUCAGAACAAGCUCUCUGAUCUCGUUGAGAGACCCAACUCUUGCAACUUCUCUUGGAACUACGCCAUUUUCUGGCAGAUUUCUCGGUCUAAGUCCGGCGACUUGGUUCUCUGUUGGGGCGAUGGAUCUUGCAGAGAGCCUAAACAAGGUGAGAAGUCAGACAUCGUUAGGAUUCUUAGUAUGGGUAGAGAAGAGGAAACCUACCAGACCAUGAGGAAGAGGGUUUUGCAAAAGCUUCAUGCUAUGUUUGGUGAAUCUGAGGAAGAUAACUGUGCUUUAGGAUUAGAUAGAGUUACUGACACUGAGAUGUUUCUUCUUUCUUCCAUGUACUUCUCUUUCCCUCGUGGUGAAGGUGGUCCUGGCAACUGUUUCGCCUCUGGUAAACCGCUUUGGUUAUCCGAUGUCGUCAACUCGGGUUCUGAUUACUGUGUUAGAUCCUUUCUUGCUAAAUCUGCUGGCAUUCAGACCAUUGUUUUGGUUCCUACUGAUAUUGGUGUUGUUGAGUUAGGCUCCACUUCAUGUUUGCCUGAGAGCGAAGAGUCUAUGUUGUCUAUAAGAUCACUCUUUUCUAGUACUUUGCCUCCGGUUAGGACUCUGCCGGCUGUUGCUUUACCCGUUGUUGUAGCUGAAAAGAUUGAUGAUAACAGAACAGUUACUGCUUCGAAGAUCUUCGGGAAGGAUCUGCACAGUUCGGGGUUUCUUCAUCAGCAUCACCAACAACAGCCACAGCAACAACAACAACAACAUAGACAGUUCAGAGAGAAACUCACGGUUAGAAAAAUGGAUGAUAGAGCUCCCAAGAGAUUAGAUGCUUAUCCGAAUAAUAAUGGGAAUAGGUUUAUGUUUGCAAACCCAGGCAGCAACAACAACAACAACACUCUUAUUAGUCCUACAUGGGUGCAACCGGAGAGCUACAUGAGGGCGAACAGUGUGAAGGAAGUUCCAAGCAAAGAUGAUUUCAAGUUUCUACCUUUGCAGCAAGCAUCGCAGAGGCUGCUUCCUCCUGCUCAAAUGCAGAUUGAUUUCUCUGCUGCGAGUUCAAGGGCUUCGGAGAAUAAUUCAGAUGGAGAAGGAGGCCCAGAAUGGGCUGACACGGUGGGUGCUGAUGAAUCUGGUAACAACAGACCAAGAAAACGCGGAAGGAGACCUGCCAAUGGAAGAGCUGAAGCUUUGAACCAUGUCGAAGCAGAGAGGCAGCGCCGUGAGAAGCUAAACCAGAGGUUUUACGCUCUGAGAUCCGUCGUUCCCAACAUUUCCAAGAUGGACAAAGCAUCGUUGUUGGGAGACGCCGUUUCUUACAUAAACGAGCUUCACGCCAAGCUUAAAGUCAUGGAAGCAGAGAGAGAGAGGUUAGGGUAUAGCUCUAAUCCACCAAUCAGCUUGGAUUCGGAUAUUAAUGUUCAAACCUCAGGUGAAGAUGUCACAGUGAGAAUAAACUGUCCGUUGGAGUCUCAUCCGGCUUCUAGAAUCUUCCAUGCAUUUGAAGAGAGUAAAGUAGAAGUGGUUAACUCGAACCUGGAAGUUUCUCAGGACACAGUGUUGCAUACGUUUGUGGUCAAAUCUGAACAGUUAACGAAAGAAAAGCUGCUCUCAGCGUUGUCUAGAGAACAGUCAAGUUCUGUUCAGUCAAGGACAUCAUCAGGUAGAUAGCCUUUUCAGAGACAGAAGAAGGUGGAAGUGAGUUUUUAAUCAAGAACCGGUUUUGAAUGGUUCUUUUUUUCUUCUAGGUUUCUUUGUUUUUGCUUCUUUUUUUGGUUAUAUACCUGUAAGAAUCCUCCAAACUAGGAUUUUAGAAGUUUUAUUGACAAAAGUAGACAAGGUUGGAAGAAAAAGAUAAUGUUUAGAGUUAUAUCAGUUAAAGUCGUAGACCGAUUCUGAUAGUUUCUAUGUGUUGGAUUAAUAGCUCAGUGUUAAUCGGCAAGGAUUCGUUUUAGUGUUU